AUGUUAGCCAACGUUCUUCGCCAAUCUUUAGGAAGAAACAGCUGCCAUAGUGCACUGCUCAUCACUCAAGCUAGAAGGAAGCAUGAUUUACCGCCACUGCCGUAUGCUUACAAUGCAUUAGAGCCUACCAUUUCUGCUGAGAUUAUGGAACUACAUCACAGCAAGCACCAUCAAACUUACGUUACCAACUUGAAUGCUGCUGAAGAAAAACUAGCUGAAGCAACAAGCAAAAAUGAUAUCAGCGGAGUCAUUACAUUACAAGGAGCUCUACGAUUCAAUGGUGGUGGUCAUAUCAAUCAUUCAAUAUUUUGGAAAAAUCUAUCCAAUGAUGGCGGCGGACUACCAACCGGAGAGCUAGGCGAUGCUAUUAAUGCCUGUUUUGGAUCUUUUGAUAACUUUAAAUCCAAAUUAUCUGCUGCAACCAUUGCUAUUCAAGGCUCAGGAUGGGGUUGGCUGGGAUAUUGUAAGGAAAGCAACUCUCUUAAGAUAGCUACGUGUGCAAACCAAGAUCCAUUGCAAGCAACGACAGGCUACGUUCCAUUACUUGGUAUUGACGUCUGGGAGCACGCUUAUUACUUGCAGUAUAAGAAUGUUAGGCCUAAUUAUGUCAAUGCAAUAUUUGAUGUAAUUAAUUGGAAUGACGUAGCUAAUAAUUUUCGAAAUGCUAAGGCUUAA